CACUCCAAUAUAAUCCACCACCAUUCAGAGCCUCACUACCAAAUAUCUCUCAACGUCCACAAUGGCGCAGCCAACCACCCACCCCACCCCCUCACAACAAUCCUACCCCAUAACCCCAACACCGUACCCCGCGAAAACCACCACCGCAACCGCGCCUGUCCACGGCGUCUCGACGACCGCUACCUGCGUCUCCUUCGCCGACAAGAUCCUCAUCACAGUUACCCAGGAGGGUAAACUGGGUCAUUGGAUGCACAUCCCCCUCUCCAUCUCCCCCACAGACGACCCCUUCCCCUCCUCCUCCUCUACCUUCUCCUCCACCUCCUCAAACCAAAACACCCUCCUCCCCCACCCGCACCUAACCGCCACCACCAUCCUCGGCGGCACCCACCCGACCCUCUCGCUCCUGGGCCAAACCCUCGCCACGCAGAUCGCCAGCGCGAUCCUGACGCGGAAUCCGCACGAGAGGAGGAUGGUGGUGGUGGGGCUGGGCUUGGAUCCGAGGAUGGAGGAGGGAGGCGGGAGGGAUGCGUUUGCUGAUUUGGUUGGGCUGAUGUUGGGGGUCAUCUGAAUAGGGACGUUGGUUGGAAGUGUGGGAUAACUCUGUUCACCGAGACCAAUGAUUGAGAAAACGGAGAGAAAGGUUGAGUGAGGAUAUCCCGCUCGAUUGAAGCCCAGUGCUCCCUCUGCAUAGGACGCGGCAGGCGACUUGGCAAUCUCAGUCCUGGAGGUCACGGAUUGUGUAGUGUGUUCUCCAAAGCCACUGCAUCCAAGUCAUCUCCAGAGAAGUAUAGGCUGUCCAAAGGUGACUGCAACAAAGAGGGAAUGGUCUAGGGAAGACCUCAAACCUCCUAGCUUGCAGGCCGGGCUUUGAAGUUCCCGUAAUCCGGGAAUAGGUGGAGGAUGCACAAAUGCACAUAGCGGAGAUAGAGUUGCACGAUCUAGAUAUAUCCUACGGGCCUAAAGUCACGCCACC